UUUCUUCAUAUUACCCACAAGUCUGUCUACCGGUUGUGGCUUUAUUUCAUUGACUUCUGAGACGCUUACUGAGAAUUAUUUCUGCCUCCAGGCACUGGUUGCAUUCAUCAUGGAUUCAUAUGAUGUUAUAGCAAACCAGCCUGUUGUCAUAGAUAACGGAUCUGGUGUUAUUAAAGCAGGAUUUGCAGGUGACCAAAUACCAAAAUACAUUUUCCCAAACUUUAUUGGUCGGCCAAAACAUGUACGUGUUAUGGCUGGCGCUUUGGAAGGAGACACCUUUAUUGGCCCUGAGGCAGAAGAACACCGUGGACUGAUGUCUAUUCGAUACCCGAUGGAACAUGGGAUUGUUAAAGAUUGGAAUGACAUGGAGCGCAUCUGGCAGUACAUUUAUUCGAAAGACCAGCUACAGACAUUUUCAGAAGAGCAUCCAGUACUUCUAACAGAAGCCCCUUUGAACCCAAGAAGAAAUCGUGAGAAGGCUGCAGAGAUUUUCUUUGAAACAUUUAAUGUUCCAGCUUUGUUUAUCUCCAUGCAAGCAGUUCUUAGCUUGUAUGCAACAGGCCGAACAACAGGUGUGGUAUUAGAUGCAGGUGAUGGAGUGACUCACUCUGUGCCUGUAUAUGAGGGGUUCGCCAUGCCACACAGCAUCAUGAGGGUGGAUGUGGCAGGUAGAGAUGUCUCCCGCUAUCUGCGGCUGCUUUUGCGCAAAGAAGGCAUGGAUCUGCAUACCACAGCUGAAUUUGAAGUUGUACGCCUUAUCAAAGAGAGAACAUGCUACCUAUCAAUCAACCCUUUGAAGGAGGAAAGUGUUGAUACAGAGAAAGUUCAGUAUGCACUGCCUGAUGGCAAUGUUAUUGAGAUUGGAUCAGCCAGAUUCAGGGCUCCAGAGCUGCUUUUCAGACCAGAUCUAAUUGGAGAAGAAUGUGAAGGCAUACAUGAAGUUUUGUCCUAUUCUAUUCAGAAAUCAGAUGUUGAUCUCAGAAAAACACUUUAUUCAAAUAUUGUUUUAUCUGGAGGUUCAACAUUAUUCAAAGGCUUUGGUGAUAGACUGUUGAGUGAACUAAAGAAGUUAGCACCUAAGGAUAUCAAGAUCAGGAUAUCUGCCCCACAAGAAAGAAUGUAUUCCACAUGGAUUGGAGGAUCAAUCUUGGCAUCUCUGGACACUUUCCGGAAGAUGUGGGUGUCAAAACGGGAAUACCAUGAAGAUGGUGUAAAAGCAAUACAUCGGAAGACAUUUUAGCUAAUGCUUUUGGAAAAUAGGGCCAACAAUAAUCUUUUAAAUUCCAUCAUUUUGUGAAGAAACCAGGACUAACCUUGCCAUUCAGCAUCCAUUCUCACUCGGUGGCAUUUCUAGUCAUGCUGAUUGAGGCCUGUUAAUGGCUGAAUAGUUUUGGUUUGGCACAUGGACUUUUUUAGAACAAUUUUUGUACACAUUACGUUUAAACUGCUGUGUUAGAAGCAGGCCUGGUGGAAGUAUAAGCAAAAGGCACGUUCACAGAUAUUAAUGAAGUAGUCUUAAAACUGUGACUUCUACUUCAAGAAUAUGCUGGUGGUACAGCAUAUAUGCUUAGGUUUAGUGCAGCCAUAAAUAUAUAAUAUGCUGUUAGAACUUUACAGACAUUAGGUAGUAUUACUUGGUUUGGCAUAUAGAUAUGAACAUGUUGAUUUAAAAGAUUUGAUUGCUUUUAGCCUUCAUUCUAAUUCAAACUCAGAUCCUUUGCCUAAGUCAACUAAAAGUCAUACAGAACUACCCCAGCCAUCUGCAUCAAGAGUUUGAUUUUUAUCAAAACAGGAUCAUACAGGUUUUUACUCCAGUCUUGAGGAGAAGUCUGGAGCAGUCAAAUAAAACUUUGUUGCAGAUGGUCAAACGAGUUCUUGACAACUGCUCUCAUUCAGCUUGGUCAAAGUGACAGGCAGUAUAGUAGUUUCUGACUCAUCUGCCAACAUUUUUUGUCUUUCUUUCUUUGACAUACAUGUUUGAGUAAACUGUAAAAGCUGAAUCAUGUUUGAUAAAUUGUUUUGGUUAGGUUGAAAAAAAGCUGGAUGGAAAAGAAAUGCAUUAAGGGAGGUGGAAUGUUUGAUGUCCAGAUGAAUGGACUAGUCUCUGGUUUCUUAUUUAUAACACUUGAGAUUGUCAGCUAGAAGUGUUAUCACUGAACCAUGUUGUUCAUGUCAUUUUAAUUCCCUUCCUUGCUGCUUAUUUCUGUGAAGAUACCUGCUAAACCACUAGUUUUGUCAGAUCAUGGCUUAACAAAGCUUACAAGAGUAUAUUUUCUCCUAGCAAGAAAUAUGUAUUGAUGAAACAAGCCCUUGUUACUGCAUUAGUUUUUAAGCUAUGCUUCGAAGGUAAAAUGGGGAAAAGGGUGAAAAGAAAUUGUUUUGAUGAUACUUAAUUUCAUUUUCAAAUAUCUGCUGCAUUAAUAUCAGACUGCAUCAUACAUUGCUCUAUCUAUAAGACCCAGAUGUGAUAAGUACACCUUAAAGCACCCAAUACCUUCUAGACUGCACUUUCCUUCAAGUCUCUUUCAAAUUUUUAUCUAAUAUUACUGUGAUUAUUCCUGCUGUGGUGGUUUUUUUUUUUAAUGUGAGGUGUUAAAUGAAAGAUUUCAUUAAUGUCCUUAGGAUGUAAAUUGUAGAUUAUAUAAAAUCAUUCUUAGUGAAUAAUAAAAAACCUUAAGAUUUCUUGCAUGGGUUUAACAAUCAGAGUACUAGAAGAUUCAUAAUGACAGAAAUCAUCUUCAAGUGCAAUAUUCUAAGAUCUGCUCAUUUUACUUCAUGGGAGCACACAAGUGUGGUAGUGCUAAAAAUGUACACCUUCACUUAAAAAAUGCUUCAUUUAACAUGACUCGUGCAUCUUCUGUCACCAGAAUAAAAGAAUGUUCAUGCCAAUCACCUAAGGUGUAAAUGGCAUAAAAAAAGUUUUCUAUUCUCUGAACAAAUUAAACAUUAGCCUUUCACUCAUUUACUUGUUUGCAUUAGCUUCUGUCAAGUCAAUUACCUACCACAUGCUGUUGUGUUAUUUUAAAACCACUUUUUUUGUGAUAAAGCAUUGCUAUAAAAUAAAGACAAGCUGCUUGAAAGGUCAUUACCAUGUGAAAUUGGUGUAUGUGAUUGUUGGAAAAAAAGUAUAGUUUGGUCAUAGCAAAUGUAUUUUGCAAACCUAUUGUAGCAAUCAGGAAAUAGGUCCUUUAAGCAAACUGCUUUUGAUGUGAAAAAAAUAACUAGGAUGGAAAUUUUAUGGGAGCCAUUUAACUUUUAGUAUUGUGGUACUAUGUAAAUGAUGGUCAAAGGUUGUUGUGCUGUUUCAAAUGUGCAUAAAGUAACUCAUCUGUCAAUGCUUUUCAUCCGCUGAAAUAUACUGAACACACUUUGAUGUGUACACUGUUUUUUUUUUUAACUGUUGAUCUCAUAAUAAUGUUAUUGGUUGGGUGGAGAACAAAGGGAGAAAGCCUUGACUGCUUUGUAUGAGGUGAGCAGAAGGUCUGAGAUGUAAGUGGAGUUGCGCAGCUCUUCAAAGAACAAUCAGGCAUGCUGAUCACAAUGAAAUUAAGUGCUAAAAUUCCUUGUAUCUUUUAGAUAGCAUCUUAGGACCUAUUUUUAAAAAAUACACUUUCUAAACAAUGUUAACUAUUUAACACAGUCAUGUGCAACAUGAUGCUUUGGUCAAUGAUGGAUCACAGAGUCCAUUUUUGACCCAAACCUUUUUACGCUUUGCAUGACUGCACUCUCGAGUGAGAUUUCUUCAAAAUUGCAGAUUCAGAUAGAUUCUAAAAUAUAUGUAGCUUAAAAUCAUAAUUUAAAUAAGGCUUUGAUAAUAUUUUUGUCCUGGAUGGAGUUUUUCUACUUUUGGAGAUGUUUUUAUUAUUACGGUUGUCCACUUUGCUAGACAUAUGGCUGCAUACUUUAGUCUUAGUAUUAAGCAUUUGGUAAGGUUUUAGUUUUGCACUGUCAUCUAUAAAAUAUUAAAAAGAGUGUCUGUGUGA